CUUUCCAUUGCAGACGAUUGACAGAAAGUGAAAGAAGCCAUGGCUGUGGCAAGGUGCGUCGUCCUUCUGCCGCUGUUAUCACAGGUGCUUGUUCAAAUUCAGGGGAAUUCGCGAGACCUGUUAGACGAAAUGUUACAGGAUGGGGAAGCGGGUAACAUGGAAGGGAUGUUUGACAAAGUUGGAGACAUGUUAGGGGAACUUGUCGAUUCAUUAGACACCAUCAACAGUCCAUGCAAAUUUAAGUGUCCAAACGGAGUGAUACCAAAAGAACGAAAAAAUCACAUUCGAUCAAGUAACGGAUGCGGAACAUUUGGGAUAGAGAUUGAUACCUCAUCUGUUCCUCUAAUGACUUCAUGUUGUGACGACCACGAUUUCUGCUACGACAAAUGUAACAACGACAAAGAGAAAUGUGACAAUGAUUUCAAAACGUGUCUACUUAACAUGUGUAAAAAGAUGAAGAAUGGGCUCAAGAGCGAUGAAUACGAGGGAUGUAAGGCCACUGCAGAGUUGAUGUUUACCGGAACAAAUAUGUUAGGCUGCAAUUCCUACAAAGAGGCUCAGGCAAAAGCUUGUGACUGCGGUAAUAUAGACCAAGAUACCCUUAAGGAAGACAAAGUGCAAGCGAACACAGGAAAAUCGACUUUGACCCAUGAACGAAAAAUCGUAAAUGCUGAACCCAUACCAGGGACAGAAAAUGCCAGUGCUAGAAAAUCCAAAAAAUCAUCCGAAUCAGAAACUUUAUUAAAGGCCACUAAGCUAAAACAAGAGGGAGUGCAUCGACACGAUGACUUGUGAAUACAGUUUAGUUAUCAUUCCAUACUUUUAUUCUUCGGUUCUUGGUAUGAAAGUGAUAAAAUUGCAGUAGUAUUGCAGAAACAAUACCCUGUCUGAAAUCUUAAUCUCCAAGUGUGACUAGUAAAUCAAGAGGACCCAUGAAGAGAAUUACAUGUACUUGUGACUUUUGGUGUGCAAGAUACCAUUUUAUAAAGAGAAACACCUUGAGUAAUUGUUCUUGAUAAAAUCUCCAAAUUUAUAUAUAAGUAUUUUAUAAAAUAUGGAACCAAACCUCAGAAUAGUGUUUUAAGCUGAUAGCUGUUUUUAUUGCACUGACUACCUUUGUAGUGCUCGCAGGGCAAGAGAAAAGAGCACUCUUAGUACCUUAUACUUAUAUCUAAUUGAAAUACAAUGUAUUGACUAUUGGUAACAAUUUCUUGAUUGAUAAAGUUUAAUACUUCUUUAAUUCAUUGAGCAAGCCAUGGAUUUUCAUUCAUUUCUGCAUUUACAGGUGGAUUUACAACAUAUUUAUUGGAAUAAAUUACGCAUAAUUAUGUAGAACAAAUUACGCAUAAUUGCAUACAUGUACAAAACAGAGGUAUUACGCGUACAUUGUUUGUUUUCUCAGUGUUUAUUAUCUUGAGUUAUCAUUAAAUUUUGACAUCAUGCUCAACGCAAACUUCUUGGUGUCAUAUAUAAACAGGAAACAACUUUUUAUCUGUUCUCUCAUUGUUCCGUCCAGUUAUAGAAUUCCAGAUUUUUUCUCUUUUAUUGCAAAAUGUUUUGUUAAUAAUUGAUCUUCCAAUAUCCUUUGGAUUGUUACUUUAUUUUUAAUUGUACUUACAAUUGUUUC